AUGUUGCAAGAAUAUAUCAAAACUCUAAUUACAACAAUACCAUUAGAAAUUGAUGAUCCAAAUUCCAAAUCAGAUUAUAAAAGAUUAAAAAGUGUUUUUUUGACUGAUGAUGAAUGGUUGCUUAUGAGUGACUUAGUUCAGAUUCUUGGUCCUUUUGCUGAAGCAACAGAUCUUUUGGGUGGAAGCAAAUAUUCAACAUUUAGUUUAAUAUAUCCAACAUUAAUGGCUUUAAUUAAUCAAUUGACUUCAGAUCAAAAUAAUGAUGAUGAUUUUAAUGUGGAAGAGGAAUCAGAUGUAUUUCAUAAAGCAAAAGGUCUGGCUGAUUUGAUAAAAGAGCGUCUAUAUUUUGCUUUAAUUUAUUAUUAUGAAAAACCAAUCCAAGAUGCAUUAAUUGCAUCUUUAUUAGAUCCAAGAAGCAA